UGGUUGCUGCUGAUUCUUGGAGUCUUUGUUUUUGUUUUUGGGGUUUUGAAGAGAUUAAAUGGUUGGUAUUAUGCAGUCAAGUUGGGGAAGAUAUGGGCCAAGCUUCCUCCUGGUGAUCUUGAUUGGCCACUUUUCGGUUCUACUUUGUCCUUCAUCAAGUGUUUCACUAUCGGUUCACCUGAAAAUUUCAUUCGCACAUUUUCUACCAGAUAUGGAAAAGUUGACAUGUACAAAACAAACAUAUUCGGUAGAGCAACAAUACUUGUCUGCACACCUAAAAUUAGUCGUCAAGUAUUAACCGAUGAAACUAAAUUCGUACCGAGUUUUCCCACGACAAUGAAAACCUUAUUUGGGAGAAAGUCAUUAAUGCGAGUCUCGAAGGCGGAGCACCGGCGGCUCCGGAGGCUGACGACAGCGCCGGUUAGCGGCCAUAGGGCACUGGAGAUGUACAUCAAUCAUAUUGAAGAGACAGUGAUUGAUGGGUUGGAGGAGUGGGCAAGCAUGCAGCGGCCAAUGGAGCUGUUGACUGAGAUAAAGGAGCUGACAUUCAAAGUUAUUUGGAAUAUUUUUAUGGGUUCAACUUCUAUAGGCUCUUGCAUGAGAGAAAUGGAGGCUUUAUUUUAUGAUAUCUCACUUGGCUUCUUCUCUUUGCCCAUCAACUUUCCUGGCUUCCACUUCCAUAAAUCCCUCAAGGCUCGAAAAAGAUUGCUCGAAAUACUUCAAUCUAUUGUGAGCAAGAAGAGAUUUGUGAAGAAAAACAAUGGGAAAAAUUGGGAAGCAAAAGAUAUGAUGGAUUUGAUGAUAGAAGUUAGAGAUGAAGAUGGUGAAGAGCUAGAUGAUGAGACCAUUAUAGAUUUGAUUUUUGGUAAGUUAUUUGCAGGCCAUGAGACUUCAGCUGACACUGCAAUGUGGGCAGUUUUGUUUCUAACAGAUCAUCCACAUAUAUUCCAAAAAGCCAAGGAAGAACAAGAGGAGAUCAUUAGACGAAGACCCUCAACACAGAAGGGAGUAAAUCUGUCAGAGUUUAAAGAAAUGAAAUUUCUUUCUCAGGUGAUAAAUGAGACGCUUCGUCUUACUUGUAUGACAUUUGUUCUUUUUCGUGAAGCAAUAGUCGAUGUUGAAAUUAACGGUAAAAUUAUACCAAAAGGAUGGAAAGUCCUACCUUGGCUUAGGGAGUUUUACAUGGAUGAAAAACUACAUCCUUCCCCACAAGAGUUCAAUCCUUCAAGAUGGGAUAAUUUUAAAGCCCAACCCGGAGCUUUCACUCCCUUUGGAUUAGGAAACAGGUUGUGCCCAGGGAGAGAUCUUGCCAAGCUCGAGAUCUCAAUUUUUCUUCACUAUUUUCUCCUCCAUUACAAGGUGGAACGAAUUAAUCCAAAAUGCAAAUUGAAUUACUUACCAAUCCCUCAUCCCAAAGACAAAUGCUUGGCACAAGUGCUCAAAGUGGCAUGAAAUGUCUACAAAUGCCUCUCACUCUUCCUAGCUUGCCUUAACAAGAUAAACCUUGGAUUAUUAAAUUAAGCUUCUAAUAUUUGAUAUAUAUUGCGCUAUAUCGUGUGUAUAUAUGGAUCGAUGAAUCAAAUCUUAAUAAUAAAUGGUUAGAUUUUAAUG